AUUGCCAUUGAAAAGCUGUGUGUUUGUUUCGGGUCGCCCAACGUUGUCAUUUGCAAAAUCAUCGACUUGUUUCUUAGACAAUAAUACCGAGCGGAAAAAACUAAUUCGUACACAAAUAGUCAGAAAAGAUGAUGGACCAACGAGAACUUGAGGCUCGCAUACGGGCUCUCAGCAAGACUGUCGGCGCAAACGAGCCUCCUGAGAGCGCCUUGCGUUUGCUCGAGACUCUGAAGAAGGAUGCUGCUCCUACGGAGGAGAUGCUUAGGGCUACGAAAGCUGGUGUAGUCGUCGGAAAACUACGAUCGAACACAAACAAGGAGAUUGCUCGCGCGGCGGCCGAAUUGGUCACAAAAUGGAAGAAGAUGGUGGAGGCGGAGAAGAGCUCCAAGAACAGCAAAAAGCCAGCGACAUCGAGCGCAACCGCUUCGCCGGCAGCUUCAGGUUCCAAGGCUGCCUUCACUGGCGACCCUGAGAACCGCAAAUUCGAAUCCGACGGAGUCGACACGAACCGCACCGAGUCCAAGGUUCGCAACAGCUGUAUUGGCUUGAUUUACAACGGUCUCGCGUACCGUUCCACUGAUGCACCGGCCAACGUCAUUGCACGUGCCGUUGCUGUCGAGAGCGCUGCUUUCAAACUGUUCAAGCAGGAGGAGAGCGCUGACUACAAAAAGAAGAUCCGUUCCCUGUUCUCCAACUUGAAGAACAAGGCCAACAAGGAGCUGCGCAAGGGUGUCAACAGUGGCGACAUUAGCCCUGACCGAUUCGUUGCCAUGACUGACGAGGACCUAAAGAGUGAGGAGUUGCGCAAGAAGGAAAUCGAACUGGAGAAGGAGAACAUGAAGAAGGCCCAGGUUCCCAUGGGAGAGAAGAGUAUUAGUGACAGCUUGGAGUGUGGCAAGUGCAAGAAGAAGAGGGUCAGCUACACACAGGCGCAGACCAGAGCUGCUGAUGAACCUAUGACGACAUUCUGCGAAUGCAUGAACUGCGGUAAUCGCUGGAAGUUCUCAUGAGCGAAAGAAGGGAGUUUUUUUUUUGCUUUGCGCUAGACGCAAGCUCUUGUUUAACCUAUUUUCUAUUUCUUUGUAUAAUUCAUUAGAAAAGUAAGGAGUUGAGUGGAUGAGGAGCAUUGGGGAGUUUAUUUUAAGUUAAAAAACAGUUCACUUUUUUUCUUUCUAUUGUAACCAAAAUGAAUAGUCACUUGGAUUAUGCCACUGAAAGAUAUCAGGUUCCAUAUUUUGAUAAUGAUGCUUCUUUGUUUAUAUCUUUUUCGAUCUAUUAAAGUUUUUAAUUUCCAGUAACUAAAGCCGUUACACUGGUUUGGGUAUCCCUAACUCCGCGAACAAAUCGACUGCCUCCCCGUCCUGCUCGGUCAUCUCUUUAAUUAUCUUCCAGAACUUGCUCACAUGUCUCGUUCCAGAGUCACAAAGCAUUGUAACCACAACACUUCCGGGGGGGAGUGUCAUGGCCGUUGCCACCGCCGCUGUGCAGUUGACUGCGCUGCUGCUGCCAACGAAGAUCCCAUCCUUUUCAACAAGCCAGCGUGCCAUCCGGCAAGCCUGUUCAUCCGUGACCUUGACGGCAUCAUGAACUAAAUCUCUACCUGCUUCGAAAUUCUCCGUCACGCGGUUCACACCGACACCCUCCACGAUCGAGUCGACCUGUUGCCGGCGCCGUGUGCCCUCCUUCUCUGUUGACGAGUACAUGACGCCGUGCUUCACCUUGUUGUAGAGACCGCUGCCCUGCGGAUCAGCAAGAACAAUCUGCGUCAAAUCUGCCUUCAUCUCAAGUUUGAUAUAUCGAGCAACUCCGGAGAUUGUGCCGCCGGUGCCUGCGCCUGCAACAAAGGCGUCCAGCUUGCCGUCAGUCUGCUUCCAGAUCUCAGGACCCGUAGUUUGGAAGUGCGCAUGCCAGUUAGCAGGCGACUCGAAUUGGUCUGCAAAGAAGCCCUUGCUUCCGUCGUUAUGCUUGGCUGCGUGCUCCUCAGCUCGUCGGCGCGCAAGAUUGACAAAGUGGUCGGGGCUGGUGAUGGGGGCCACGGUGACUCGUUCGACGGUGGCGCCCAAGUGCAGCAGCAAGUCCGACUUUUCCAAGCUCUGGUCGUCAGGCAUACAUAUGUGAGCUCUGUAUCCCAUUGAUCUGGCCAGAGUUGCAAGGGAGAUACCCGUGCUGCCGACUGUGCCUUCGUAAAUCGUAUCGCCCUGGUUUGGGGUCAAGAGGCCCUCCUUCUCGGCCUCACGGAUGAUGUUUAGAGCGACGCGGUCUUUGGGACUGUUUCCCGCGCCAUUGAGGAACUCUGCCUUUGCAAGAAUCGUCCGGCCGGUUGCUUCGGACAACGAUUGGAUGUUGAUGAGCGGCGUGUUGCCGAUGCAGCCUGCGAUGCCGUCGCCAGCUACUCCGUCGUGUGCUGCUGUCGGGUGGUCUUCGUGGUCUUGGAGCUGUAUCGGGGCGCUCCAGAAGAAGCUUCCCUUUCUUUCAUGCUGCUUGGAGCCCGUUCGUCGUCGUCUGGUCUGUCGGAAUCGGGUUUGGAGAUCGGGAUAGAAAUCUUUGAAUCCCAGUGUCAACAGGACGCCAGCACCAAAGGCAGCAGCGACAGCCGCCGUUCCGUAGGCCCUUGGGUGGUCGCUUAACGACAUGGCAGCUGCCAGAUACUACUGAAUACCCAGACUUGGUGUUUCACCAGCUUUUUUAUCCGCUGCACUCUGCCCAAUUGUCGUUGGAAGCAGGUCGUGCAGGCGCUGAUGUCAUUCGCAGUAGCGGUUUCCAGGCCUGUUUUUUUAGGCGACGCUAGCGGUCGAUUAGCCUCCCUCCCCAAACGGCUGCAGCCCAACG